AUGAGUACAAGAGGAGGAGCUCCAUCCAGAGCAUAUGAUAUGAUUAUGAAGUUGUUAUUAGUUGGAGAUUCAGGUGUUGGUAAAUCUUGUUUAUUAUUAAGAUUUGUAGAAGAUAAAUUUAAUCCAUCAUUUAUUACAACAAUUGGUAUUGAUUUUAAAAUUAGAACAAUUGAAAGUAAAGGUAAGAAAAUCAAAUUACAAGUUUGGGAUACUGCAGGACAGGAAAGAUUUAGAACAAUUACUACUGCUUAUUACAGAGGAGCAAUGGGUAUUGUUUUAAUAUAUGAUGUCACUGAUUCUAGAACCUUUGAUAAUGUUAAAAAUUGGUUUCAAACAGUAACUCAACAUGCUAAUGAAGAUGCUCAAAUAUUCUUGGUUGGUAAUAAAUGUGAUGAUGAAGUCAAUAGACAAGUUAGUAAAGAACAAGGUCAAGAAUUAGCUGCUGAAUUGGGUGUACCAUUUUUAGAAUCAAGUGCGAAAACUAAUGAAAAUGUUGAUUCUAUCUUUUAUGAAUUAGCAGGUAUCAUUCAAGAAAAACAUGUAGAUGAUGUUAUUCCUCAAGGUAAUACUUCCGGUGGAAUAGAUGUUUCUAAGAAUAGCAAUAAUGGUAUGGGUUUCAAAAAUAAUUGUUGUUAA